UGUUACGUUGGCAACACUGAUAUUCUGCCAACUAAAUGUCAAACAUAUGGAUUAUUUAUGGUGGAGGGCCUCUGCCGCAGUGUAAAAUUUACUGUUUUUAGUUUUUUCAUGACUUUCGACAUUAUAUUUUCGUUUUAAAUAAUCAUGAUGGAGGGUUCCUUAAGUAAAUGGACGAAUGUGAUGAAAGGUUGGCAGUAUCGGUGGUUCGUUCUGGAUGAAAAUGCCGGACUCCUCUCCUACUACACGUCUAAAGAGAAGAUGACACGCGGUGUUCGGCGAGGCUGCGUGCGUCUACGCGCCGCCGUCAUAGGUAUAGACGAUGAAGACGAUUCAACGUUCACCAUCACAGUGGAUCACAAGACUUUUCAUUUCCAGGCCCGAGACGGCUCAGAACGCGAGCGCUGGGUCCGCGCCCUAGAAGACACGAUAUCCCGCCACGGUCGUCGGUCGCGCUGGUCGCGGAGCGUCCCCGCACCCAGCGCGCGGCACGGCGACCUCGAGCGGCGGAUCGCGGAGGCGGACGCGUACCUGCAGAUCAUGAUCGAGCUGGUGGAGAAAACGACACUGAGGGUAUCAGAGCUGGGUGACCCGCAUGAGAAGGCGAAAGGACAAGUUAUAUUAGACCAUUCCAAUGCAAUGUUGGAUAACAUAAAACAUUCCAUAGUGCUUCUACAAAUAGCUAAGAAUACAGUAAAUCCCGUAAACGGUGUCUACCAAGGACCAACAAGUACCUCACAAACACAUAUCAAACAAGGUUCAUCAGACGUCUCUCCGCACGUGGAGCUGGGCUCCGAAUGCCGGGAACUGUCUACUUCUACACACUCACUGCCAUUGGAAGCCAUCGACGCGACAAGGCAAGCCAUGUCGCUACUAGUCCCCGACACGUCGUACUCGUCAUCAGAAGGAGAAGAUGACUUCUACGACGCGGACGACGGGGUGGAGGCCACGCUGCCGGGACCUAGGUAAGUGCUAGACUCUAGU